GCUUCAGCUUAACAGUGGUGCAAAAAGCCGUUACUCUCCUACCAGUCAUUCGGUCACUACCUACUCUGCGCGCAGCGAUAUUGCUGGUGAGAUGUCGGCACUAGCGAACUGGAAUGCGUUGGUUAUGGAGAUGGUAGAGAAGGCCCCAGACCCAUACGAACCUCUGCCUCUCUCAAACCGCCCGGAGACCAUCUUCGGAACGACGAUUCCAUUCCUAAUCGCGACAUGGAUCGCAGUCUUCUUUCGACUGUGGGUGCGCUUUAGAGUUGUAAAAGAGCCGGGCUGGGACGAUUUACUGGUCGUCAUUGCAGCGAUUUUUAAUACAGCGGCCACAAUCAUUGUCUGCGUUUCCGUCAAAUAUGGAUUAGGAAGGCACAUGUUAUAUCUUGGGCUGCCCAUGAUUGAGAACUAUCUCAGACUCUUCUACACCGAAAACAACAUCUAUCUUAGCGAGACCACAAUCAUCAAAUUAUCACUGCUGGUACAGUACCUGCGCAUCUUCAAAGCAGGUCGUAUGAGAUGGCUUUGCAUAACAUUGUUGGUCGUUAUUAGCAUAUGGGGUCUUGGCUUCACUGUCGUCGGCUGGUUCUCUUGUAGACCUGUCCAAGCAUACUGGCAUCGCACAGCCGGAGCGAAGUGUUAUGGCUUCGGUUUCGGCGACCGCACAAGUUUCGUUGCCAUGUUCCAAGCACAUACCGCCACAAACAUGUUCUUCGAUCUUGCUGUCUUUGCGACACCCUUGGUACUGUUCCGCACACCAAGCCUGAAGUGGAAGAGUAUGUUAGCUCUGGCUGGCGUAUUCACUUUGGGCGCUGUGGUUGUUAUGAUAUCUGUGUGGCGAUUGCAAACCAUCAUAGAUCAUGAUGCUGGUUUGUCGCCCUACCCUGACUUUACCUGGUGGGCGCCAGUCAGCAUCGUCCUAUCUUGCCUCGAGAUCGACUUAGCCAUUAUUAGCGCAUCGAUACCCAUCUUCUGGCCUGUCAUCCAGAAAUCGUUUUCCGCCAUUUUCGUCAGUCAUCAAAUCGAAGUAAUCGAAACACGAGUCGAAGAUCACGGUCUCGCGUACGAGUUGGAACACUCAAAGAGUCGAAGCGAUGCGAGUGUUAAUAGUAGUAGCGGGACCUCAACACAUGAACUGACAAACCCUCCGGAGGAAGGCUAUAAGGAACCGUACUCUGUUGGCGUUGACCCGCUUGGCCCGGAAGCACAGAGUGGCCAAGGUCUGCAGACAAACAUUAACAGCGAGCCGAGGAAGAGAUGGGCGAUCUAGCAUAAUCUUUCAACUCUUAUAACUUUACCUGGUGUGCUAUGUGUCGUAAGCGCGCCGAGGCAAUUUACUCGGACUCGUGUUUGAAAGCCGGCUCGUGACCUAUCGUUGACAAGGCGAUCAUGCGAAG